AUGAUUAUCAAGUUUGGUAUUUUAAUAGCUUUAAUAGGAUAUAGUGAUAUACUAUGUUUUGAAAACUUUGGAAAUGGAGGGGAUGAACUUUCUUCAUACAGCUUUGCAGAGUCCGGCGCGUCGUCGUCGUCAUCUGCUUCUACAGCACACGCUUCUUCACACUCUUCAGCAAUAGUUACCAAUAAUAACUGUGAUCGCCCCGUAAGACCAUUCUGUGGACCAAACGAGGUAAGAGAUAAUUGCAUCAAUGGUGGUUGUGGAAGACGGAACUGCACCCAAUUGGGAUCGCCUCGGGUCUGCAUAGAUGUAUUACCAGAAUAUUGUAUCAAGGGAUGCAGAUGUAAGGAUAAUUAUCUGCGCGAUAAGCAUGGAAAGUGUAUUCCAAUCACUAAGUGUCCGAAACCAAAAUGCAAAAAACACGAAGUGUUCGACUUUUGCCCUGGAAAUUGUCUGCCGGAUUGUGAUCUCGACUUAGCAGUAACAUUAUGUCUUCCUUCACCAAAGCCUGGUGAUCCUAAAUGUGAUCCUGGCUGUCGGUGUGCUGAUAAUCUAUAUAGGACCAGAGCUGGUACUUGCGUGCCAAAGGAGAAGUGUCCACCCAAGUGUCCAAACGACGAGGUAUACGAAAAAUGCCCAAGUUGCAUACCAAAUACUUGCGACAGUAUAUGGACAAGGUAUAAAGCCUGUGACCCAGAUUAUGUCUGCACGCCAACAUGCCUUUGCCCCCCCGGUAAAUUCAGGAGCAAGAUUGGUGAAUGUAUUACCGCUGAGGAAUGCCAAAAAUGUCGCGGACCUAACGAGUACUUCACAUGUGGCGGUGUCUGUGAUAAUGAUUGUAAUAAUCUGAGCCGACAGAAUCAAACCAGUUGUCCUUAUGUGAACAUCGUAUGCAAUAGAAAGUGCUACUGCGAUGACGGAUAUGCGAGAGACCCUUAUAACAAUUGCGUACCCUACGCUGAAUGUCCACCGGAAUGCCCUGACAACGAACGUUACUACUACAACGUGAAUACAGAAUGCAGACCACAAAGUUGUUCUGAGCUAGAUCGACCCCUGAAACGUGCUGAGUGUGAUUGUCGUGGCAGAGGUCCACCUGGUUGUCUGUGUAUUGAAGGGUUUGUCAGGAACGAUGAUGGUGUUUGCAUACCAAAAGAUAAUUGUUAUGCUUCCAUAUACUAUUGA